CACAGAACACACAACUCAUGGGCUUGAGAUUCAACUAGUUCCCUGGGAUUGUUUAACGGUCUCGCUGUUGUUUAUGAUAGUUGUUGUUUUGUGAGUAAGUGUAAGUGUCUCUGAAUGUAUUCCUUUAUGCUAAAGAGCUCUAAUUCGUUGCGUGAGAGCAACAGUAAUGACAGAGAAAGUGCAGCCAGCUGCAUGGGUUGAGCAAUGUGGAGCUGCGAGGGAAUCCAUCACAGAAACAAAACGCCCCCUUCCACUCCGAGUGCCCCCGCUUCAGAUGCAACUCGAAAUACAUAAAGCCUCCAUGUUGCCAGAGCCAGCGGGUGAACUGUUUGCUUUAAAGUGUUAACUAACUUCAGCGGGAAACAACUUGGGUUCGAUAUUUGUUUUAGGACGCGAGCAAUCUUCCGGCGGGCUUCCGACUGGUGUCAACGUCGUUCCAGACGCGGCCUCUUAUUUUGGACGAUCGGAGCUCCACAGCUAACUCUAGCUAUUUGCUAACUAUUUGGAAAUUCAGCGUCGGUUGCUUUUUUUAAAUUUAUUUUUAAGCCACAUUGUUAAAAUACUUGUGUGCAGCGAUGAUAUUUUGCGGGGAGCCAUAAAUGACAGCCAUUCAAGCGGCUUCCAUUCACCACCCUGCUAGCUGGCUGGCUAUCACCGCAGCCGCGACACCUCGUCUCGGACGGCUGCCUGGCUUCGUGGCCGCUCAUCCUCAUCUCAAACAGCUAACGUUAGCUAGGAAGCGAACCAAGCGCGCUAGUACCAAUAACAUUGUGGGAAACGUCACAGGAUUAACCACCGGUCUAAAUGGACCACAUGUCCAUAAUAACUCAAGUUUCCAACCCGAAGGAUGAAGAAGUACAAUCCCUUAACCAGGAAAAAGCGUCCCAGUCGAACAGCAGCCUGAAGAAGCAGAGGAGCCGGAGCAUCUUCAGCACAUUCUUCUGCUGCUUCCGCAACUACAAUGUGGACCUGCCAGCCAACACCAACACCAGCCCCCAGCCUCCACCCGUGGAGGAGAACGGGUCACCUCCCAAGUGUGACCAGGUCGAGGUCAUCCCUUUCCCUAGUCCACCAGCCAAAUACCUCCUACCAGAGAUGCGAAUAUCUGACUAUGGCAAAAAGUGUGUGGUGAUCGACUUGGAUGAAACACUCGUCCACAGCUCAUUCAAGCCCAUCAGCAACGCAGACUUUAUUGUUCCGGUUGAGAUCGACGGUACCGUUCAUCAGGUGUAUGUGCUGAAACGACCCCACGUGGAUGAGUUUCUCCAAAAGAUGGGGGAGCUAUUUGAAUGUGUCCUCUUUACAGCCAGUCUCGCCAAGUAUGCAGACCCUGUGGCAGACCUGCUGGACCAGUGGGGCGUGUUCAGGGAGCGACUCUUUAGAGAAGCAUGCGUUUUUCACAGAGGGAACUACGUCAAAGACCUCAGUCGGCUGGGACGAGAGCUCAGCAACGUCAUCAUUGUUGACAAUUCGCCUGCCUCUUAUAUUUUUCACCCAGAAAACGCUGUCCCUGUGCAGUCUUGGUUUGACGAUAUGAAUGACACGGAGCUCCUGGACCUGCUGCCUUUCUUUGAGGGACUCAGCAAAGAAGAAGACGUUUACGGAGUGCUCCAGAAUCUGAGAGGCAGGUAGCAGGACACACCACAGCGCGCCUGUGCUCUCCUUCCUCCUCUGUGUCCACCUCCGCCAUCUUCUACAAACACGCCGCUCGGACUCACGACAGAUUGUCCCACACGCACCCCUCUUGUCUCUGCCCCAAGGAGACGUCUUGGCUCCCUGUGAGAACCUUCAUGUAUCCCCCCCCCCCCCCCCCCCCAUCCCAGCUCUCAUCUCCUGGUGACCGGCUGCCUUCCGAGUUCCAUCAGAGAAAAACACUAAAAUAUCCCAGGAGCACUGUGUUUCACAAAAAAAGAAGAAAGAAGCAGAAAGUGUACAGAGGGUCCAAAGUUAAUAAUAGUGAAGACAAAAUGCUAAGAGAAAAAGAACUUUUUAAUUUUAAAAGUAUUUGGUGAAGUGCUUAUUUUAAAACCAAAAGGAGAAGAAAAAAAAAAAAAUUUCUUUUGUGGUACCACACAAAAGUCUGAGAAAAUGGUGUCUUUGUAUUGUUGCUAUGCAGGCAGUUUCUGGUAGAAGAAAGGACUGUGAUUCUCUUUUCUUACUUAAUGAAGUGCCUUGUGUGAAUGUUGUUUAUAUUUGGAGAUAUUUUGUACAAGGCGUAUUUCAAGAGUACUUCAAUUUUCACACGAAAUAUGCUUUAGAGUGAACACAAAAGUUUCUCAUAUAUAAAAGUUUGACCUUUUUUUUUUUUCGUUCAAAAUGCUGUUUUAAUGUCUACAUAGUAUUCUCUCUCUUACAUCCCCCGGCAUGCUUGUGCCAUUAUAUAGACGUGACUUUCUUCCUGCUUUUAUUAUACGUAAAGAGUUCAUGGUUUUAGGCAAAGGAGGUCGUUUUCAAACCUUUCGCCCCACCCGCAAGUACAGUAGUUCUUUGCGUUUGAUCUGAGAGCUCAGAUGAAAUUGUGCCAUUUAUUUUCUGUCUUUCUCUCAUUACCCUUAACCUAAUCCACAUAUCUUUUUAUUAUUUGCUAAAUAAGCAAAUGAUUUGUAUUUGUUUAACAAGCUUCAUAUCUGUUCCAGGGGAUCAGCCAUAAACUGUUAAACCAUUAGUAAGUAUAGGAUUUAUUUUGACAAAAUAGUUGUCAAAUACAAUUGUAUGUUUUAUGUGACGAGAUCUUGUUUGUUUCUCAUAUUGUUUAUAUGGUAUUGCUAGCUUUUAGUCCCCAACAUCAUCUUCUCUUGUGUUGUAGGGGGGUCAGCUUCACUCAUAUGGGAUGAUCCAUCUCAAUAAUUAUACACAGCUGCAAAGGUUUUCCCUUUUUGUUGUUUCAAAUAGUCUGGGAACUCACAGCAAAUGGGUAGAGUGCCCUGUUUUUUUUUCUUUAGGUAAAAUAGAAUAGUGUUAGCUUGUAUCUGGACCGUGUUAAAAGAGCACCCUUCUCUUGAUUUACUAACGGCGGCGUGGACGAUGAGUGUUGUUUACCUUCCCAGACUUUAACUACUCUUCACCUCAGUGCCUAGGUUUUGAGAGGAACCACACAAACCGAAUGCUGCAACAUUAGCUACCGUGGCAAUAACCUUUUUUUGGAAAGGGAUGGGGGUCCCAUCCCGACGAGGCUUGCCGGUAGAGGGGUUGUUGACACUAAAGGUUCGUAUGGUUAUCAUAACCUCAUCAUUCAAACGAUUCAUUUCUCACAUUAUUUCACCUGAAAACUGGACAUACACAUAGCAGUUAGUCCUUCAGUCAUUUUAAUAUAUAUAUAUAUAUAUUUAAUUUUUUUUUUUAAUGAAAAUACUGAAACAACUUGAAUGUUGCUUGGUCUAUUUUAACAACAAGAACCAAAAAGACCGUUUAUCGUGAUCCACAUUGCCAUUAUCAGUUUUUGUUGUGCAAGGAACGCCUUCAGUCCUGGCCCAUUCAGACAGGUGUCUCUGAAAGGAACACUAGGGGAACCGCAACAGGACUGUGAGGAACCUCACUGUAGCUUCGAAGCCUUACUGCCUGUGCAGGCACGAAGCAACCAUUCUCCAUUAAUUCCAAGGAUACAUCUACAUAUUUAAGCGUUGCCUCGUCAGUUCUUUCUGAUGGGGUGUGGAAUCAACUUGGGCAUAAAUGUAGGGCUGGCAGAAUUAUUCUUACAAUAAAAUGAGACAAAGUAUGGUAAAAGCUUGAAGGUGCCAUCGAGGGAUUGUAUGCUUCGACAAACCUCAUCUGCUAGAUUCCUUGGUCUAUGUGUUGUGAUGUUGCUUUGAAAAGACCUACACUAUGUCAUAAUUCCCAAUAUCUUUUUUUUUCAAGUUCAAGGCAUAUUGAAACUAUCUCUUUUGCAUAAUUACUAUUGGAGGGGGGGCUCAUGAUAAUGGUUUCAGUGCAAUCUCCUUUUUUUAAAAGAAGUGACUUGUCAACUUCUCAGAGAUUACCCUCCUCUGAAAAUGUUUGUAUCGUUGUGAUAUUUUUCUACCUACCUUUGUCAGUAUUUGGUUUGAAAAAAUGCAUACUACCAAUUGUAUCCUGCUCGAUACCCCUCCCUCAGAAUUUUGUCAGGUCUAGUCUUUCCUAUCAAGAGACCUGUGUGGCUGUGUGCGACAAGCAUCAUGCUUGUGCUUCCUUCCAGUUUUGUGUAUCACCUCCCUCAUCAUUUUUGUAUUGCUUUAACACCAUGAUUCUACAAUUGAGUUCAUAAGGGUUUAUUUGUUGAGGUUAUUCACUUUCUAGUUUCUUUUUUUCAAACUAACACAAACCUGUCACUUAUGAUUGGCUUAUUUUGAGUGUCGGCAGUGUGUUGUCAUUGUGAGCAUCAUCUUUUCUUUCUUUCCAUAAUAAAAAAGCUUCAUUGAAACGAUA